GCGCCGUGCGGCAUGCAGUGUCAGAAGCAGCACUAGCACAAAACAACUUGGUAUGACUCUUCUCUGACAACUGUGGACUAAAUAUCCAUUUCGGACAUCAGGGGAGUCAUAGCUUUAGGAUGGCGGAUUCAGGCUCAGGUGACGGUCAACGUGUGCCAACCCCUGGAGGGAGUGGUGUUGGACUGCUGGUGGGCCGCCGAACGCCCGCCGCCCUCUCCACAGGCCGUCUCCCAUCAAUGCGAUCAAGAGACCUCACCCUGGGGGGAGUGAAGAAGAAAACCUUUACACCCAACAUAAUUGGUCGAAGAGUUAAAGAUGAAACAAAAGCUGAAGAGGGGCAGAGGAGAGACAGGAGGGAUGCAGGUCGCGGUCGAGGUCCGAGAGAUAGAGGCAGGGGCCGGGGUCGUCCAGAGGUCAUCCAGUCCCACUCUAUCUUUGAGCAGGGCCCUGCAGAGAUGAUGAUGAAAAAGCGAGGUAGCUAUGAAAAUGAGAAAGAAGCUCCGAGCACGGGACCUUCACCCAUCAUCAAUAUUAAAAAGGAGAAGAGAGAGACAGAGGAAGAGACCAAAGAGAUUCUUGCCAAGCUGGAGCGAGAUAAUUUUAUAGAAGAUCCGUAUCUGAGGAGUGAGCAGAUGAGCUGCCCCGUCCAGCUCCCCCUUGCUGUAUCGGGAUGGGGAUUCACAGAGGAAUUUAAUAAGGCUGCUGUUAAAACUGAGAAGGUGGAGGACGAUGGUGAACCCAUGGAACAUGCAGUUGAAGUGAAACAGGAGCCGGAGGAAACUGCGAUAAAGAAGUCAGAGGGACCUUUCAGGCCCCCUCCUCUCCCUGAGCCUGAAGUUCUUCCUGACCUGCUGCAUAGAUGGAGUCUGAGCAAAGGGGAGGAGCUGUUCUUCAUGCAGAUGCCCGACACGCUGCCUGGUCAGCCCCCGACCAUAGAGCACAAGCCGACGAAGACAGAGGUGCAGUCUGAGGACGGACAGUCCGUGCUCCUGAAAACAGAGUCGCAGGAGGAGGAAGCUGAAGAUAAUAACUGCAGUCUGAAAGACCUGCGGGAGGGUCUCAUAGGAAAGAUGCUGGUGCGGAAAUCUGGUCGGGUCCAGCUCAUACUGGGACAAGUGACACUGGAUGUGUCCUUGGGAGCGUCAUGCUCUUUCCUUCAGGAGCUGGUCUCUAUUGGUUCGGAGGGAAGAACAGGUGACCUGACUGUAUUAGGGAAUGUCAAACAUAAAAUGGUUUGCUCCCCAGACUUUGAGGCUCUACUGGAGAGCAGCGCUUGAUGCUCGUCACAGCGGUGGAGUGCACACGUGGUGGGUUGUGAUGUUGACAAGACGUUUACUUUGACGAUGGACUGUCCCUUUGGAAACCUGACAUCCUACUAAAGUAUGAUGGCGGUCGAUUGCGCCUCUGUAUUUUCAGGCUGGCUGUAAUAACAUAUUGAAGGACACUAUCUAUAAAUAUGAAACACAACUAAAGUUUUAGUUUCUUAUUGAAUAGGCAUAUUAAUUCAGGGUUUAGUGGUUGAAUGGUGUGCCAAAUACUGUUUUCAUUUCUCUAGAUCUGAGAUUACUUGACAAGACUGUACAUGGAUGUAAAUGUGUGAAUAAAGAAAAGUUUUUGUUAAUCCA